UUCCUUUACCCCUAUAUAUGGGAAACUAAUUUAGGGUUUCAGUGUUUCACAGCUACCGAUAGUCCCUGGAAAAACACAAAUUCAGCACAAAGAGUCUACAGGGUACGCCAAGAUCGCAACUUUAAGUCCCCAUCUGCAUAUUGCUGAAGAACGACAGGUGUUUUCGGCUUCCUUAGUUUUCCGGCUAUCCUUAAUUUUCUUCAUCAUAUUUUUAUAUAACCUUUAUCUAUAUAUAUAUAUAAGUGUUGUGUCUUUUUAUAUAUUUCUCUUAGUAAGAGUUGUGGAGUAUUUGUUCUUAAAUAAUUAUGGGUCCGAUUUCAAUUCAGAAAGAUGUGUGCUUUGUUCCUAAGUUAUGCCCAGAUGUGUUAGUUCAGAUACUAUGUAGACUGCCUGAGAAAGAUCUAAUUCAAUACAAAUGUGUAUCCAAAGAUUGGUACUUUCUUAUUUCAGAGACUUGUGUUCCAAUUGUCUCUGCAAAGACUUCUCUUUGUGGACUUUAUUUCCAUACUUUGGCUCUUUCCGACGACAUGUCUCGUCUUCAUCGUAACUCAUCAUACGAUGCGAAAAAUCGCUAUUUUGCUGAAUUGUCAAAAUCUGGUGAUAGACAAGUUUUAGAAUAUGUCUCCUUAGAAGCCGGCGGUGAUGAAAUUGGUGAAGUCGAGAUUGAUAAGCAUGCUAAGAACCUCCUUGAUAGCUGCAAUGGCCUUCUUUUAUUAAGGAAGCCCUCCACACGCCAGUACGAUGUCUUCAAUCCUACCACUAAAGAGUCUGUGACAAUUCCCUACUCCUGUGAUUCAUAUUGUGAUGCUGCACUGGCUUUUGACCCUUGCAAAUCCAUUCAUUUCAAAGUUAUUUGCAUUCCUUAUUUUCAUCUUGAUGCACCAAAAUGGUUGGACAUGUUUUCUUCAGAAACUGAAAAGUGGGUUCGACACACACUGCAUUUUGAUCCCGUUUAUAUUGAUGGGUCCUAUACAAUUAAGGAGUUUGUUUACUUGGAUGGCAUGUUGUACUGGGUGUUAGCUUCAGAAAACCUUUUUUGCAUCGACCUCAAUCUAGUUAGCGCCCAUGCCAUUGACCUACCGAAGAUUGAAAGAUCAAGUUUAUCAUCAAGUAUUGGGGUAUCAGUGGGACAUCUUUGUUUUGCUCAAUGUGAACGCUCAAAUGUCUCAAUUUGGUUGCUUGAGGACAACAAACAAGCUGAUGGAUGGAUUUUAAAACACAGCAUCCGCUUGGAUUACUUGUUGCAUAGUCUGAUGGUGGCUCAAUUUCGAUUACUUGAUGAAAUUUUCUGGUUUCAACCCUAUGCAAUUCAUCCAAAGUCUGAUGUUAUCUUUCUAGGAACAGCUCGGAGCAUCAUAAGCUGGCAUAUCAAAAGCAAUAAGUUUAAAUUGGUCUCUAAAACAAGGGAAGGAAUGGUUGUACCUGGGUGUUUUACUCCAGUUUUGACGUACUCUCGUUGCCUUGUCCCAUUAAAGUCAUUGGGCAUGAGAAAUUUCAGGUCAAAUCAAUUUGCAAUGAAUUCUGGGGACAAGUUUUUGAGCCUGGAAAUGCUGUUUGAAGAUCAGGUAUAGCAAUUUUAGGACAAAGAAGAAUACACGUCUCAAAUUCAAGGGGAUGGACGAAGAAGAAUACAUGUGGCUGACUUGUAUAUUAAGGGUACAUAGCUAGUCCCAAAAUUUUUUGGAACCAAGGCUUGAUUUUUGUUGUUAUAUAUUUGGAGAGUAAUAUAAUUCUUUGAAUUGGUAUUUAUUAGUCUUAUCAUCAUUUUGUGCUUUCAAUGGUUUUAAUAAUGAUCCCCGUGUAAUUCAACUUCUUAAUAUCAUUUUGUGUUGAAUUUUGUCUUGUUUUGUGAUCAAUCCUAAGAAUUUUCAUUUUGUGAAA